AUGUCGAAGCCUCAACUUCCAUUCGAGCUCAAGGAUCCAGAUCUCCUCCACCAGGAUUCUUAUAUCAAUGGACAAUGGGUUGAAGCGAAGAGUGGCAAACGCUUCGACAUAAUCGACCCAGGCAGCGACAAAGCAUGGGCCUCAUCCCCAGACAACGCUACCGAAGAUGUCGAUGCGGCAGUCCAGUCUUCCUACAAAGCAUUCAAGGAGUACAGCAUUCUGAAUCCUCGGAAGCGCGCCCAACUAUUGAUGAAAUGGCACGAUCUCAUCACGGCAGCCAAGGACGACAUCGCCAAGAUCUUGACCUACGAGACUGGCAAACCUUUGGCCGAAUCCUAUGGUGAGAUCGACUAUUCUCUCGGCUUUACCUGGUGGUUUGCCGGCGAGGCAGAACGUAUCCAAGGCUCGGUAUCUGUCCCUUCAGCACCCAAUCGACGAACCUUUGUAAUCAAGCAGCCAAUCGGUGUCGCGGUGGCUCUGGUGCCAUGGAACUUUCCUAUUGCCAUGAUCCUUCGUAAAGCAGGAGCCGCAUUUGCUGCUGGCUGUACGAUAGUCGUCAAGCCGAGCCCUGAAACUCCGCUUACCUGUCUAACGCUGGCACACCUUGCAACCAAGGCUGGUUUCCCACCCGGAGUGUUCAACGUCCUGACUACCUCUCUGGAAAACACCCCGAGCGUGUCUGAAGCACUCAUCGUCCACCCACUCGUCAAGAAAGUCACUUUCACCGGAUCGACACGAGUCGGCAAGAUCGUAGCAGGGCUCUGUGCGAAAGGGUUGAAAAAAUGCACACUCGAGCUCGGCGGAAACUGUCCCUUUAUCGUCUUCGACGACGCUGAUCUCGAGCAAGCCCUCGCACAAUUCAUGGCCCUAAAGUGGCGCCACGCAGGUCAGGCUUGUAUCACCGCUAACCGCCUGUACGUGCAGAGCGGUGUCUACGAGAAAUUUACACAAAUGCUCGUCGACAAGACCGCCGCCCUCAAAGUCGGCCACGGCGCCACCGACGGCACAACGAUGGGGCCCGUCACGACACCCCGUGGCCUCGUCAAGGCAGAAGAACAAGCAGCCGAUGCCAUCAAGCACGGCGCCCGCCUCGUACUCGGAACGGGCAAAGCGCACAAGAACGCCAAGGCAGACGAAGGGUCCGGCGAAGGAAAAGGCGUCGGCGGCUAUUUUAUGGACCCGACCAUCCUCGUGGACAUGACGCCCGAGAUGCUGCUGAGCCAGGAAGAAACGUUCGCACCCGUGGCGGGUAUCUUCAAGUUCGAGAAGGAGGAGGAGGCCGUCCGCUGGGCGAACGAUACUUCGAUGGGGCUGGCGAGCUACGCAUUCACCAAGAACGUCGACCGUAUGUGGCGGAUGUUGGAGAAUCUAGAGGCCGGCAUGAUUGGCUUGAAUACCGGCAACUCGUCCGCGGCAGAGUCGCCGUUCGGAGGCAUCAAGGAGAGCGGGUAUGGAAAGGAGUCCGGCAAGGAUGUCGCUGUCAAUGAAUACCUCAUCUCCAAGACCGGCACCUUCACCAUCGAUGGCCAGUAUUAA